AUGCUAGUGGUUUCAACCGGAAGAAGAAGGAGCAAGAUGGCGUUACCCUUGUUAAGAUGUUGCUCCAGGUUACAUUCAGUGUUUAGCUCUAAUCGGCUGAUUUUGAAUCAGAAUGUGACGCUGACUCGGUUCUGUAGAACCCGAGUGAUGGUUCUAACACCUGGACGUUUCUACAGCUCGGAUAAGGAGUAUGAGAAACGGCGGCAGAAGGUGGUGGUGGUCGGAAUCCCGAACCCGUUCAUCUGGAUCCGAACUCGUAUCUACUAUUUUCUAAUCAAAGCUUACUUUGACAAAGAGUUCAGCAUCGAGGAGUUCACAGAAGGAGCGAAGAGGGCAUUUUCUCACGUCUCCAGACUUCUGGCUCAGUGUCAGUUUGAGGCUCUGGAUGGACUCGUAGCUAAAGAUCUGAUUGGGAAGUUGGAGGAAAAGUGCAGCUUGUUGCCGUCCGAGUACAAGAAGGCUCUGUCUGCAGAUCCUGAUGAUAUCAUGUACACAACUCCAGGAGAUGUGGGAAUCUUCUACGAUGAAAAUGGGAGAAAGUUUGUCAGCAUCCUGAUGCGGUUCUGGUACCUGACGAGCGCUCAGGUUCCUGAUGACGGCCUGAAGGGAACUCGGACCUUCAAGGUGGCCAUUGGAGACGAAGAUGGAGAGGCGGAAACCAAAAGGCUUCUGACUGCAAUAUAUGAGUUUCAGAGGGAAUUCACUAAAGGAGUUCCUCCAGAGUGGACCAUUACAAGGGUAGAGCACUCCAAGCUUUUGGAUUAGGAGUUUGGAUUUGGAUUAUUUUUUGUAGGACAUAACUCCUUACUGGAUGUCCAGAGGGAAGAAACACAAGGCUCUGGAGGUUCUGGUACCAGAAUAAGUUUCAUCUCCUCUGGAUUAAGGUGACAGACUCCAGAUACUCACAGGCCCAUCUUUUAUAACUGUUCAAUGUUAUCUGCUUAAUACAGAUCAGAACCUGAAUUCUUCCGUUGCACAAUAACCCGAUUAGAGAGGUGACCCAGAUCGGCUACUGCACUGGAACAUCUGUGAAGUUCUAUCAGGAAGCCUUUUCCUGUGAGAACAUUUAGUUUUGUGGCUCUUUAGUUAGAAUUAAAUAUUUUAUUUCUUCAGCUGUUAAGGUGCUGCUUUUCAUUUGGGCCUUCACACACAUUUUAAUGUAUUUACUACCAACGACCUACAGUGCACACUUGUGUUGAUGAUUGUGAACGCUGCCUCAUGUGGCUGCAGCUGAUAAAUAAAGAUGUGCCUCAUGUUUGUAAAAUAUCAA